AUGGCCAUGCCUCUCUGGACCACAGACAAGCCCACACAACCCCACGCUGAGCCAUCUGAAGCUGAAUGGAAGGUUGCAGAGGAAUAUGUGAAGAAUUUCUAUGGCUACCAGACCAAGAAAAAUAGACAGAAGAGGACUGUAGAUAAUGAUGUUGAUACUGAUUGGUCAACUGGACUCUGUGAUAAGAUCAAGGAGGUGCAAAAUUUCUUUGGUUUACCCCCGACUGGAGAGCUCACCAAAGAGACUCUGGCAGUAAUGAAGAAGCCACGCUGUGGUCUGUCUGAUGUGGAAGCAUUUGGACCGACCAUUCGCUGGAAGCGGCGCACCCUUAGCUACAGGAUCGCUCACUAUAACCUCACCAUACCAGCUUCACAGAUUCACAAACUCUUCAGGACAGCAUGGAAGCUCUGGUCCAAUGUGGCACCGAUAAAAUUACGCAAGCGGAGCAGGAGAGAGGCUGACAUUGUCAUCUCCUUCCACAGUGGCGAUCAUAAGGAUGGCGCACCCUUUGACGGCAAAAAAGGAAUCCUGGCUCAUGCCUUUCUGCCUGGGUCUGGUAUUGGUGGAGAUGUGCACUUUGAUGCUGAUGAAGACUGGAGCUUUAAUUCCACUGGUUUCAACCUAUUUCCCGUCGCAGUCCAUGAAUUUGGCCAUGCGCUUGGCCUGGCCCAUUCGCCCGAUCCUGGCGCUAUCAUGUACCCAUCAUACAACUUUGCCCCCAAUUUUGAGCCUCAGCUUUCCUUCCGUGACGUCAAAGACGUCCAACACUUAUACGGUAUCAGUUCCAAUUUUGCUGCACUAUCCUCAAAAAACCCUCCUCCAAAAACACCUGACAAAUGUGACCCAGAUCUGUCUUUUGAUGCUGUGACACAAUUACAGCAGGAGCUCCUGUUUUUCAAAGACAGAUUUAUGUGGCGUAAACAUCAUCAGUUUGAGAAGACGGCAAUCACUCUGAUUAGUAGUCUGUGGCCAGAAAGUAUACCUUGCAACUUGGAUGCUGUCUAUGAGAAUGUGCUGGAAAAUGUUAUUCUGUUUUUCAAAGGUCACCAGUACUGGAUGCUGAAGCAGUUAAACCUUGAGGAAGGUUAUCCAAGAAACAUCUGGGACCUGGGCUUCCCCUCCAGAAUAAAAUCUGUAGAUGCUGCUCUUCACUUGUACAAUGAUCACUACACUGUGUUCUUCACUGGCCACGAGUGUUGGAGGUAUGAUGAGAAGCAGAAGAUGAUGCAGGCGUCACCGACACCCAUAGGGAAGCACUGGCCGGGGAUUCCAUCUCCUAUAGAUGCUGCUGCCUUUCAUGAAGGAUUUGUCUACUUCUUUAGGGGGAACAUCUACUACGAAUAUGAUUCCAACUCUAAACAUGUCAUCUCCAUCGGCUCUGCUAAUGACCUGCUGGAAUGCAAGAAGGACGGCAAUGAAAUUUGA